GUUUGAUGAUAUAAAUCAUAAAAAUUAGUUAAGCAAUUUAGAAUAAAUCAAAACAAAUCAAAUGUAUCAAUAAUAAUUUUAAUUAGAAGACAUAUUAAGCAACGUAUUUAAAGGAAACUUUUUAGAACUAAAUGAAUUAGUAUAUUUACAAUCAAUAGAUGCCAUAAGCUUUCUAUGUAAGUAAAAGGCUAAAGUAAAACUAAAUCAGUUGACAUCAGUGCUUUGUAAAAUAUGCCACAAUAUGAUUAAAAAAGAUGAUUACUAAUAAAAUCAAAUUUUUAAAUUAAAUUGUUAGUGUUGUUUUUUCUGUCAUCACGCAUGUUUGAGAGAACAAAUUCUUCAAAAUAAGGAUAAAUUUGAGAGCUUAGAAAAAGUUGAAUAACUAUUAAAUGAGUGUAUUUAAUGUGAUUAAGGUUGUGCUUCUAAUCUUGUGAAUAUUCAAAUGAUUAGAUAAGCGCUUUCAACUAAAGAAGUUCAAAUGUAUCAAUUUGAAUAUUUCGAAGCAUAAUAGUAAAAAGAGAAGAAGUACCAAUAAAUUUUGGAAUUAGAAAAGUAGAAUUAAGUGAUUGAAUUUUAGUGUGCUAUUUGUUUAGAAGAGAUAGAUUUAAAUUAAAAUGGCUACAUUUUAAAAUGUGGCUGUAAAUUUUGUAGGAGCUGCUUAAAAGAUAGUAUAUAAAACUCGCUGAAAGAAAAUAUAAAUUUAGAACUAGAAAAUAUUUUUUGUCCAAAUGGAGAUUGCAAAAAAGUGCUAGAUUUUGAUGACAUCACUUUUAUCUUACAAGAGGAUAAAGAAAUGAUAGAAAAGUUAGAAUAAAAAAAUAUCAAAUCAAUGUUUGAAAGAAUGAAAAGAGAGAAUCCUAAUUCUAUGGAGGAACUUAUUGUUUGUCCGGGAAAAUAUAAGAUUUAAAAAGGAAGUGAAAAGGUUAUAUACAUCCCUAAAGAAUAAAUAGAAAAAUAAAGGCAAGGCAGUGCAAAUAUUCCUUUAGAAGAUAAUGAGAUAAUUGUAGAUUGUAAUUUCACUUUUAUUCAAGAUAGAUCAGAAAAGAAACUCAGGCAUAAAUGCACAAAAUGUAAAUAUGAAUUUUGUCUUAAUAAUUGUGAUUCAACUCAUGAUGGUUUUAGUUGUGAAAAUUAUUAAAAAUGGAAGAUGGAAAAUAAUAAAGAUUAUAGAAAAGAGCUAGAAGCAUAAGGUUUUAAAUUUUGUCCAAAUUGUUCAAUUUUAACGUAAAGAACAGGUGGAUGCAAUAGAAUUAUAUGCACAAAUUGCAAAAUAAGUUAUUGCUAUCUUUGCUACUUUUCAGCCAAAACUGAAAGUGAAGUUUAUGGUCAUUUAAAUAAAGUUCAUGGAGGUUAUUUUACUAAUGCAUGAGUAUUUCAUCCAUCGUCUUCUUGAUGAGAUUCUUUUAUAAUAUUGGUAGAGUCAUACUUAGGACCUGGCAGUUGUAAUUCUUAGUUUUUAGAUGUUCUCUUUCCAUCUCUUGACGCUUAAUUUUUAGAUUACUCAAGCUUAGAUUUAGCAUUCGUUAGACUCAUUUCACUCAUUUUAUAUUUAAAUGUAUCUCUUUCUACCAUGUUUUUAUUAUGUUAUAUUUCAUAAUCACGAAUUGUUUGGUGUUAUAUCUUUCUAUCUUCACGAAUUUGACGAUAAAGUACUUCAUUUUCUUUAUUAGCUCUCUCCAUAUUCUCAUCAUAUUGUUCAAUAAACUCAAG